AUGAAUAAGGAUAUAAUCAAUCUCGAUGACGAUGAUCAAGAAGAUGAUAACAACUACAACAAUCAAACAUCAUCAUCUUUUAACAACUACAACAUCAAACAUGAAGUUAAACAAGAACAACAACAAGUGAAGAAACCAUUGGCAACAAGCAACUCGACAACUUCUUCAUCUUCUUUGAGAAAUGGUGUUGCUAACAAUGUGGUACGAAAGACACCUUCUUCUUCUUCUCAAAAGGCAAAGGCCAUCUUACCUUUUGAUAAGAAUCGAACAAGAGUGUUCUUGGCAGACGUACAUCAAAAUCGUAUCAAUAGAAUAUCAGAAGAGUGUAUGAGGAGUGAUGGUAUUCAAAUAUAUGAACCAACCAAAUACAACAACUACAAUAAUAAUUACACCGACAAUAAUGUAAAGAACGAGAAUGAUAACAAUACGACAAUGAACGUAAAAAAGGAGAAAUAUAAUACCAACAACAAUAACAUGAAUAUAACAAAUAACAACAAUUCACCAAUUGAAAUCGAUGACGACGACGAUGAUGACUAUGAUGGUUAUGGCUCAUCAUCUACCUCUACUACCUCUACAACUUCUACAACCAAUAAUGGUAAACAAAAUGGUAAAGGAUAUGAUUUGGAUCAAUACAGAGACAUGCGUAAUCAAUUAUCUUUAUUAAGAGUAAAGAAACAUCAAUCUUAUAGAAAUGAUAAAUUAUCAACUAAAAAGAUGUAUACAAUGGCAGAUGUUGAAAGCCUAUCGAAACAAGAAGAGGAAAACAAGAUGCAUUUUGCAUCAACCGAUCAUAAUUCUGCAGAUAAUAGACGUGGAAAAGUUAAUACUAUCAAUAAUACAUUUAGAAAUCCAGAGUCAAUUGGUAGGAAAGCAUUGGAACUCAGUAAUGCAUUUAGAGCCAAGAAUAAUAGACCCCCGUGUCAAUGGCAUCAAGGUAUUUUUGGUAUUGCUGUUGAACAUUGUAAAAAUAUGUCAGAUAAAAAGGUUCCAUUUGGACAUGGAGGAUUUCAAGAGAGAAUAAAAAGGUUUCCAUUCCGUCACAUUAAAAGUGGUGAAAAUGUUGCAAUGAAUAAUUGCGAUGCCACUGUUGCCGAAGUGGCAGUCGAGGGUUGGAUCAAUUCCAAAGGACAUCGAGAGAAUUUAUUGGCCGACUAUAAUAUCUGUACGAUUGGAGUAUACCAAGGAUCAGAUGGUAUGUGGUAUUUAACUCAAUUGUUUGCUAAAACUUAA